AGAACUCCUAAGUUGUAGCCAGGUAGAUGGCUAUCCAGCAAGAGACUACAUUUCCCCAUCUCCCUUGUGGCUUGGAGUGGCCAAGUGACCAAGUUCUGGAAAUCAUUGUGAGCCAUUUCCACAUUGUGACACUGAAAGGGAAAGUUCAUGCUUUCCUUUGGUCCUUUUCCCCAUCCUGCUGGCUAAGAGAUGCCAAAAGAUGAAGCAGCCACCUUAGACUCAGACAUGGCAGAGCUUCUUUACCAGCCCUGGACCACUUACCUCUACUCUGCUAACCUAAAAGAGAAACCAACUUCUAUCUUGUUAAACUACUUGUGUACAAUCUUGGGUCUCUUUCUUAUAGUACCUGCACCCUCCUUAAUAAAACCAUGCUGAGCUAAACUUGCAAAAUUUAAAAAGUACACACGGAGUCACUGGAACAUGAGUAGACAGACCAAUGGGACAAAAGAGAAAGUCCAUCAUAGAACCAAAUACAUACAGAAAAUUAGUACAAAAUCAAAUCAGUGGGGUAAAGAUGGACUUUAUUUUUUAAAUGAAUAGUGUUGACACAGCCAGGUAUAUACACUAUAGAAAAAGAUAACGUUCCAUCUCUUCCUCACACCAUACAGCAGGUUAAAACUCUAAGUGGAAUGAAGAUUUAAUGAAUUUACCCUUUGAGCCAACAGUUUCAUUUCUGCAAAUUUAUUCACGAUAAGGACAUAUCUGCACUUUAUGGAUAAUGUAUGUACAUUUUCUCAUUGUUUGUAAUAGCAAAAGACAGGAAAAAAACUUGUGUCUACCAAUAAGGGAUUAGAUUUUUAAAACUAUAGUAUAUAAUUGAAUGUUAUACUAUAUGAAGUUGUAAGAAAGAAUGAGAAAGCUCUGUAUCUUCAGGAUGUACUUAGGUGAAGAAAGCCGUAUGCAAAAUAGUGUAUAGUACUAUGCUACCUUUUGUAUAAGAAAGGGGAGAAAUGAAAAUAUAUAUUUAUUUUUGCUUGUAUCUGUAUAAAGAAACACACUGAAAGGAUAUAUCAGAAACUAAUAAAAUGGUUAGCUAUGAGAGUGGAAAGAGUGGGGUAGAUGGGGACAGGAAUGGGUAUGGAAGUUCUAAAUCUAAGUAUUAUGUAAGUAAUAAUUAUUACCAUUAUGAAGUAUCAAUAGGCAGUGCGCAGGCGCGGCGGCGCGCCUCUGCGGGGCGCUGGGCUCACUGCGCACGCGCGGCCGUCAGCUUGUCUCAGGUGGAGCUGUUUUAGCCGAGCUGGCGCCGCUGUGAGCCUCCGAGAUGAGCGCGGCAGAGACCGACCGCUGGGCUUGGCUGCUGGUGCUCAGCUUCGUGUUUGGGUGCAAUGUACUCAGGAUCCUCUUCCUGUCCUUCUCCUCCUUCAUGUCCAGGGUGCUGCAGAAGGACGUGGAGCAGGAGUCACAGAUGCGAGCAGAGAUCCAGGGUAUGAAGCAGGAGCUCUCCACCGUCAACAUGAUGGACGAGUUUGCCAGAUACGCCAGGCUGGAGAGAAAGAUCAACAAGAUGACUGAUAAGCUCAAAACUCACGUGAAAGCACGGACAGCUCAGUUGGCCAAGAUAAAAUGGGUUAUAAGUGUUGCUUUCUACACAUUGCAAGCUGCCCUGAUGGUCACAUUCAUCUGGACAUACUACUCUGUCCCUGUGACCGUGGUGCGGAGUAGAUGGAUAACUCCAUUAGACCUCCUGGUAGCAUUUCCCACUGGAGUAGCAGGGCUUGCAGAAAAGGAACUAACGUCUAGAGAACUUACGUGUCCAGUGUCACCGAAAUGUGAAGUAGCAGGGCUACAGUUCAACCCAAGCCUGCCUCCGUAAUCCAAGCCCAAUACCUGGGGUCUGAUACUCCGUUUUCAACACCACCUCUGGUUCCCAAAUUCUGUGACUCCUUUUCAGUUCACACUAUGCUUAGCCCCUCUGCAGCAUUUCCGGCUAUCGGCCAUUCUUUCACUUCUGAAAGAAUUUCUUUUGGGUGUUAAAAUUAGUACAUGUCAUCGUAGAAUGAUUAGAAAUAUAAGAAAAAACUUUUAAAAAGAC